AUAAUCGAAGACAAGCUCUCCACGGAAACAAACAAGCCCAAAGAGAAGAGAAGAGAAGAGGAGAGAAGGGAAAGGGAAAAGUCGUCUCUUUGGGUUGUGUUGCGUAAUCUGCCCGCUUUCCCGUUUGGUGCGAAACAAUCAAAUCAGUUGUGCGGGGGAAUAAAAGGGAAGUGCGGGCAUAAUAGAUAGUAAGAAUCAUAACAAGGGAAUAAGGAAGGAGAGGGAUUGGAUGGGGUUUGAUUCGCAGUCGCAACAAGGUGCAAACCAAUGGGGUGGUGCUCUUAAUAGUCUGAUUCGGAGGAAGCAGGUCGAUUCCGUUCACCGCAAGGCUCAUCAUCAAUUGGCCAAGGAGUUGACUGUUCCCCAUCUCGUUGCAAUUGGUGUGGGCUCAACAAUCGGAGCAGGAGUGUAUAUUCUUGUUGGAACAGUUGCCAGAGAGCAUUCUGGACCAGCCCUCACUAUUUCCUUUCUCAUUGCCGGAAUCGCCGCCGCCCUUUCCGCCUUUUGUUAUGCCGAGCUUGCAAGUCGUUGUCCCUCUGCCGGAAGCGCCUAUCACUACACCUACAUAUGCAUUGGAGAAGGUGUUGCUUGGUUGGUUGGUUGGGCUUUGAUUCUCGAAUAUACCAUUGGUGGUUCAGCUGUUGCUCGCGGCAUCUCCCCUAAUCUGGCAUUACUCUUUGGAGGAGCAGACAGUCUGCCUGUUUUUCUAGCCCGUCAAUACAUUCCUGCGCUUGAUAUUAUGGUUGACCCAUGUGCAGCCAUUCUAGUAUUUAUUGUCACAGGGCUCCUGUGUGUGGGAAUCAAGGAGAGUACAGUGGCACAAGGCAUUGCGACGAUAGCGAAUGUAUGUGCAAUGUUAUUUGUCAUAGUUGCUGGUACUUAUUUGGGAUUUAAGACCGGCUGGUCUGGAUAUCAACUUCCUACUGGGUACUUCCCCUUUGGGGUGGAUGGUAUGCUUGCCGGGUCUGCAACUGUCUUCUUUGCUUACAUUGGUUUUGAUUCAGUUGCAAGCACUGCUGAAGAGGUGAAGAAUCCCCAACGAGAUUUACCACUGGGUAUUGGUGCUGCACUAUCUAUAUGCUGUGCAUUGUAUAUGAUGGUUUCCAUGGUCAUUGUUGGUUUAGUGCCUUAUCAUGCAAUGGAUCCUGACACGCCCAUCUCUACUGCAUUUGCUAGCCAUGGGAUGCAAUGGGCUGCCUAUAUCAUUACUGUUGGAGCUGUUACUGCUCUCUGCUCGACAUUGAUGGGGUCUAUUCUUCCGCAGCCGCGAAUUCUGAUGGCAAUGGCUAGAGAUGGAUUGCUGCCGCCAUUUUUCUCGGAGAUUAAUAAAAGCACUCAGGUCCCUGUCAAGAGUACAAUAGCAACUGGGAUUGGUGCUGCAAUCUUGGCAUUCUUCAUGGAUGUUUCACAGUUAGCAGGAAUGGUUAGUGUGGGUACACUUGUUGCAUUCACUAUGGUAGCAAUAUGUGUACUUAUACUCAGAUAUGUCCCACCGGAUGAGGUGCCUUUGCCUGCAUCUCUGCAGGAUUCCAUUGAUUCAGUCUCCUCGCGGCAUGGUAGUAAUUCUCAAGAUAUCAGUGGGGAUGAUCCUAAGGGUAGUGUUGGGUCUUCCAAAGAUAGUUCUAAACCUCUACUUGACAAAGUGGAUAUCUUGGUUGAACUUCCUCUGAUUGAAAAGCAACUACCCCUUGUUAACUACACACUAAGUGAAGAUAACAGGCGAAAAAUUGCUGGCUGGACCAUAAUGUUCACAUGUGUAGGGGUGUUUCUCCUGACAUAUUCAGCUUCAAGUUUGGGCCUCCCCAGCUUUCUUCGCUAUGCAGUAUGUGGAGCUGGUGGUAUCCUUGUUCUAUUUGGUCUGAUUGUGCUGACUUGUAUAGAUCAAGAUGAUGCACGGCACAGCUUUGGGCACACAGGAGGUUUCAUAUGCCCAUUUGUUCCAUUGCUUCCAAUCAUCUGUAUUCUCAUCAACGUCUACUUACUCAUCAAUCUUGGAGGUGACACCUGGGCUCGUGUUGCUGUAUGGCUGAUAAUAGGAGUGUUGGUUUAUGUAUUUUAUGGCCGAACUCACAGCUCACUGCAAGAUGCAGUUUACGUGCCAGCAGCCCAUGCCAAUGAAAUUUUCCGCAGCUCAGAAAAUUAUGUUGCUUGACUUUGUACAAAAAAUGCAUUUGGGUCUCAAGUUAUUGGUUUGUACAUUAAUUUGUUUCUCCUUUGUACUAUUUAUGUUAGCAAGGACCCAAAUUUGCACUUUGUAUAAUAGGGUUAUUGGUUGAUGGCGAAUAUGUUCCUGCGAUGUAAAUAAUUUGCAAUCAAUAUAACAUUUCUACUUUCCUUUCUUAGGAAACCUAUGAAUUUUAUGCUUGCUGCUGUUGAAUAUUGUUUCGAAUUACCAUGAA